AUGGUAGUAUGCGAUCAGUUUGUGCUGUGCAAAGCAGCUCUCAUAUUUGCAGUCACAAGAUGGGUGUUAUCCUUUGCACUCAAUCUCCUGACUUCCUCUCUGUCCCUCUUCUCAGAUUCUCCCACACAAACUCCCUCAUCACCCUCCUCUUGCUGCUCUUCUUCUUCAUCUUCAUCAGCCAACUUGAAGAUUGUAAGAGACAGUCUCUCCCUCACAACGCUAGGAAACAUCGAGCACCGCCUGCCCGAGAGCAACGAUCUGUCGUGUGCCGUGUGCUUGAACAGGCUGAGGAAGAACAGCCAGGUCUGGGAGCUGAGCAACUGCUGCCAUGUUUUCCACAAGCACUGUCUUGAGAAGUGGCUGUCUUAUGAUGACCGGUUGACGUGCCCGCUCUGCCGGGCAUCGCUGCUUUCUGUGAGCUCUCUCCCGCCUGCUUCGCAGCCGGAGCCGCCUAGUUGGGCGGUGGAGCGGAUGCUUUACUUGUUUGGAGAUGAUCUGCUGCCUUAG